UUGAAUAGGCCGCGUCGGAGUUGGGCCCGAGCUAAAGCUUCCUCUUGAGAUUUUUGCAGUUUGUCCGGAACUGUUGCCAUGUCUAGUAGUACCGUUUCUUUUAAUGAAGAGACCACAAACGAAGUAUGCUUUCUGGCGGCGCCUUUCCCUUCUCCCGCGAUAAUUACAUAUAUACAAGCUGUCACGAGCGAAGAGCGGCUAUUAUUCACCCGUUUCGCCAUGGCCUUGGCUUUGUGCAUUCUCUGUCUCCUCUUUCUACCAUACUACCUCCGCUCUGGGCUGUUGCACGUGAGUACGAAAGUAAGCGUUGCAGCUUCUGCAAUUAUUUAGCGGGGGGAGGGGGGGGCUAACCAGUAAUUACAGCCGUCCAGGUGGCCUUGCGGCGACGCCCACGAAGUUCUCGUUGGAAAGGGCCCACAGACGUCUCACCCGCGCAGCGACGGCGACGGUGGUGGCGGCGGCGGCACUGGGAAAGUCGAGGGAAGAGGCAAAGAAAGCUUGGACUAAAAAAAAUCAAAAAAUAAAUAAGAAACAUUCGAAUGGCUGUCAUUAGCUAUGGCAUCUAACCUACAAUCGUUUCGGAAAUUAACGCCUUGUUAUUGGGCUGUGCACUGCUUUAAGUCAUGCUUUACGUCACGUACGUCAUAACUUAUUUUAUUUCACAUGUCUUUCAAUUCACGUAAAAAAAUUUUCGUACCUCGCUGUCCCAUUCCCCGCUGCCGGAGUGUGUCAUGCAGUUGAGCAUGAACUAGAAGAAGAAGGAGAAGAAGAAGGAGACCGCGUUUCGUUCUGUCUCAGCCAACCGCGACCGCGCACUAGAGGCCACAUAAGCUCUGCACACAGCAACGGAAACCUCGACCAUUUGGUCUCCUUGUGCAGCGCUCGCAGAAGGUAUGAAUUCCGAAGCCGCGACUCCGGACGACUCCUCCGAAGUGGAGAACAGCGGGACGUCGACCGUCAAAGUGCGGCGUACCAGACGGUUGGGGUCUCUGUUCGCCCAUCUCCGCGCGACCGAAAGGCGGCAGUCGCGGUACCGAAUGUCGGGAAUGCAAGAUUUCUCCUCCUAUCCCGGUCAACAUAAGGGGCCGCCUGCGCCCCCGUCAUCUCCGGAGGCGGCUAAGGACGGCUCCAAGCUGGAGGCCGCCGGAGAAGAUGGCAAAAGGAAGAGCGACCGAAAAUUCAGUCGCGUGAAGCAGCGCACCGCAAGCCGGAUUCGCAAGUUGGAGGCGGAUGUUAGCCUGAAGGAGACCAAGCUGGACUCGCCGCCCCUUUUACCACCGAGCCAACAACGAAUGUCCGAUUUGCUCUCACGAAGCCUGGUCCCUUCUAAGCUCCGUAGCAGCACGCAGACUGAGUCGUAUUCACUGCCUUUCAGAAAAUGGUACGUAAUGCUGUGAUCCGCUAUGGAUUGUGAAUUA